AUGUCAGGGCAGAUUGCGAAUCGGGGACUCACUUGCACCGCGUACAACACUAGCAAAGCCGCCGUCCAACAGAUGUGUCGGUCUGUGGCACAGGAGUGGGGUCACCAUGGUAUCAGGGUGAAUACGUUGUCGCCAGGAUAUAUCAGGACGGCGAUGACAGACGAGCUCAUGGCGGCGGAGCCGGAGGUGGAAAAGACGUGGAUGGCGGGCGCGCUUUUGGGCAGACUUGGUGCUCCUGAAGACUUUAAAGCUCUGCAAUAUUUCUGCUAG